AGCUAUGUCAUGGUGUACUACUCAUUGGCAACCUCCGUGGUGGGGGCUGCAGCUAGUGUUCUGAAGUAUAAAGCAGGCACUUGGUCUUGAGGGCAUCUCAGUUCCGAACAAAUUGCUUUCCAACCCACUCUUCGUUUUCUCUUUGCAGGCGAGCAACAUCCGCUUGUUGACAUUCUCACUCCUUUCGUCCUUGUUCCUUUGGCUGACAGGAAAUGUCAGUCAUGGCGCUUACAUACUACUCUGGCAUCAUAUAUGCAGCUGUGAUGUGUUCUAGCCUGGCUUUGGGUCGCAACAUUCACAUAUCGAGGACCACUCCUGUCGAGGUGGAGAAUUCUGAGACGGUGGCCGCCUCCAUAUUGAAUGACUCCGGUGCAAGCAAAUGUGGCGCCAAGAAGAAAUUCUCGCUCCGUCUGUUCGAAGGCAGCAGUCCUGAGCCGAGUGACUCGGACAGUAAAGUCGUCUGCAACGAUGGCACACCGGCUGGGUAUUAUCAUCGCUUGGAAACGAACGGCGGACGCAUGACGAGCGACAAAUGGGUCAUUUUCCUCGAUGGUGGACAGUAUUGUGCCGCGGAUGCAAGUUGCGCACACCGCUAUAGCACUGUGGCAGGCAAGAUGUCCAUGAGCUCACAGAACUGGCCGCUAGAAAAGGACUUUGAUGGCUUCGGUCUCCUAUCCAGCCAAGUCAGCUCAAACCCACACCUGGCAAACGCAAACAAAAUCUAUGUGCCCUACUGUUCUAGUGACGUGUGGAGUGGUGACAUGUCCGCUGAUGAUGUUAACGCAACUGGCACACUUGGCUCUGGAACACUGAGCGUGUCCAACCUGGUGUUCAUGGGAUCCAAGAUUAUCCGGGCUGUCAUAGCCGAUCUCGUGCAGAGGCAGAGUCUCGCACAGGCUAGCUACGUGGCGCUGGCAGGACACAGUGCUGGUGGGCUAGGAGUCGGUCUUCACCUGGACUACCUGCGCAACAAGUUGCAAUUGACGGAAUCAGGCCAGCGCAAAACGCAGCCCAUUGUGCAGGGCCUGUCUGCCGCUGCAUGGUACGUGCCAUACACCUAUUGCCGGGACAACGGUCUACCCAGCAGCAAGUGCUUGCCACCUGAUGCUACGUUUGAGAUCCGACUGGGAGCCAAGAGGGUUUGGCAAUCAAGCUACCCACCUGCCUGCCUAGCCCAAAAGAGACAUGACCCUUUCCAGUGCCUCUUCCCAGUCAUCUCACGGCCCUAUAUGCAAGGUGAUAUGAUCUUCCUACAAUGGAUGUAUGACCAGGCUGUAGCUGAGCUGAUCCGUUCCUCCGCGCAACACCUGUUCCAGAUGUCCACUGGCGUUGCAAAUUCACUCAAGGAGACGAGCCGCACUAUCACCGCUCCUUUGUCGGUAUCAAUCGUUCCAGUCUGUGUCGGCCACUUUGGAUUUGCUGAUUCGGAUGUGUGGACUGGACUGAAGGUCAAGAAUGGCAACUGCACCGUAGCACAGAUAGUUCAGAGUGCCUACCUCUUCAGCAAGACAGGCUCGCGCAAGGCCAGCCAGGUUGAAGGCUGCCGGUUCCGGCGUCACUACGGCAACACGUGCACCAAUCCUCUCCGAGCAAACCCCACUUGCCCAGGCAUGCGCAGAGAUGAUAGCAAAAGCCACAGCCACAGUUUGCAGAUCGCUAGCUUGCCACAGGUGAUCAGCAACCGUAACUGCGGGGCCGCGCUCCCCGGCGAUGCAAACCCGAGUUCGGAGGAUUGGCCGGGCUCGGAGGAUUGGCUGAACGGCAUACACCCGUAGCCUUGAUCUCAACUAUACAGUAUGUGUGGCAUGUGUACACUGUACACCUCACUGCACAACCAGUAGCCUCAACUCCAAUCUCGUGGGUGAGAUGCUCACAGAACCACUACAGGUAGACACCCUCCCUGGAAUCUAUAGAUGUCAAUAUCAAUAUUAUUUAAACCCAUUAUUAUGACCACAGCUUAGGGGCCAUCCGGCAUUAUCGAUAAUUUUCACGAAACAAUAAAAGUUUAGUUGGGACCCUCCCCCACCCACCCACCGUCCUGAACGAAUAAUAGAUUGACUUGACAGCUAGAAUGCAUUGAUGUCUCACAUAUCAAUGUUUUUCAAAACGAAACUCUCCUUGAUCCACCCACCUAUAAACUUUUUUUCUUUUCGUGUAAAAGAUCGAUAAUUAUGGAUGGUCCCUUAUGUCACCCCUGCCUUUAUGAUACAUAUGCCACAUACACAAUAGUAUUUUUCUACAUCCUAUUGAUUCUACUUCGAAUUGAAAUUAUUAUUGUACUUCGAUUCUAUGAAAUGUGGUGCACUACUGAUUGGUACCAGCACCUACACGCACACACACGCACACACACACACACGCACACACACACACACACACACACACACACACACACACACACACACACACACACACACACACACACACACACACACACACACACCGUGUACAAUAUUAUUACCUUGAGUGGCUUGAGAACACAGUACAUACCUACCUCUUCUUUUAAAAUUCUUUUACGCAUCUUGGUUUCUCACUACAAAAUAAUCCAUAUACUGUUAAAAAAAGUCUCUUUCUCAUUCUUCUUUGUUGCAUACUGUAUACAACUGAGAGUGCAUGAAAGUAGGCCAUAUCCGCACAAUGGUCAGCGUA